UUAAUGUAUGAAAAAAAAAUGGUAAGCUAUCUCAAAUUUAUAGAAGUGUUUUGAAAUAAAAGUCAAUAAUAUAAGUCUAAAAUAUUUAGAGGAGUUUUACCCUUUAAAAUAAUUACCUAAAUUUAUAUUAAGUAAUUAUUAGAAAGCAUCCACAUGGUAGUUGUGAGGGCUGAUUGAAUAAAAUUUUCCUAUUUUGACGUAAUUUCCUGAUUGAAGGAAAAUAAAUAGAAUUUCUCAAAACCCAAACAACUCGUCCUCAAAAGCCUCUCUCUUUCUCUCUCUUCAUUCUGAAACGCCAUGAGAUUCUCAAACUCUCAAUUGGCAGAGAAACCCCAUCAUAAUCGCCAUCUGCAGAGGGAGAGAUGGAGUUGGUUGAGCCCUCUGUUAUGGUCAUUCUUAGGAAUGACUGCCAUUGUUUCCUUCUUCUUCUUCUUCUUCUCCUCCCUUACGCCUCCAAACCCAUUUCUAGUUCUUCGUCCAAAGCUUCUUGGCCUUCAAUCCGUCCAUGAUCCCAUCGCCAGCCCUCCAAAAGAGAAACAGAGGUGCAAUUUGUUCAAAGGGAAUUGGGUGAAAGGCGUAAAAGGGGCAGUGAUGUACACAAAUUGGAGCUGCCCGACGAUUCCAGAAUCGAAAAAUUGCUUUAAACACGGGAGAAAGGAUAUGGAUUUUGUGAAUUGGAGAUGGAAGCCAGAUGAAUGUGAGCUUCCUCGUUUUGAUCCUACGGCGUUUCUUCAUCUUCUUCGUGGGAAGAAACUCGCAUUUAUCGGUGAUUCUGUUGCUAGAAAUCACAUGGAAUCUCUUCUCUGCAUCAUAUCACAGGUAGAAAGUCCAGAAGAUGUGUACAAAGACUCGGAAGAUAGGUUUAGAAGAUGGUAUUUUCCAAAAAGUGAGGUAACCCUAAUGAUGCUUUGGACAAAAUUCCUUGUGGCUGGGGAGGAGAGAGUUGUAAAUGGAACGGGAACCGGCAUUUUCGACCUACAAUUCGACAAGCUCGACGAUGGCUGGACGCGACACCUACCCGAUAUUGACUACGCCAUCAUCUCCAAUGGCCAUUGGUUUUUCCGAGUGAUGUACUUGCAUGAAGGUACCAACCUUGCCAAUUGCGUCUAUUGCAGUGAUCCAAACAUCACAAAUCACGAUCCCGACUUUGCCUUGAAAAUGGCUUUUCGAGCAGCUUUUAAGUACAUCAACGAUUGCAAAAGCUGUGGUAAGUUGGUGACAUUUGUAAGGACAUUCUCGCCUGCCCAUUUCGAGAAUGGGGUUUGGAACACGGGUGGGUAUUGCAAUAGAACCCGACCCUCGAGGUUAGAGAACAUCAAUUUAGAGAGCUUCGAUUGGAAGAUGAGGGAGGUUCAAAUAGAAGAGAUUGAAAAGGCAAAAAGAGAAGGGGAGACGAGGAGAUUUCAGGUAAUCGACGUGACGAUGGCUAUGAUGAUGAGAGCGGACGGGCACCCGGGGGAAUUUUGGGGAAACAAAUGGAUGAAAGGGUACAAUGACUGUGUGCAUUGGUGCUUGCCAGGCCCCAUUGAUGCUUGGAAUGAUCUCUUGAUGGCCCUUAUCACAAAGGAGGACGCUUUAGAUUCUUAACACAUAGAGAUGCAGGUUUUCAUUAAUUAGAUAACACAAUACACAAUCAUUUCAUGGCCUAAUUACUGUAAUAAUGUUUUCCCAAUUUUGAUAUAUAUGAAUUUUGGGAAUGUGAUUGCAAAUAUGUAGCUCAGAAAUUAUACAAAUAUAAUAAUAUUUUCAUUGAUUUUUAAAUAUAAUCUAAUAACCAACAAAAUA